AGACGAAUGAACCUUGGUGUCCGAAUCAGUUCCCUCUGAAUAAAUUCUGGACCCGCUUUUGAGGUUCAAAUGGGUAUUGAUAUUCUUUUAUUUGAGGGCGGUGGUCACUUCUAGAAGUUUCAGGGCAAGAUAUAACGAAGAAAAAAAGAGGUUUGAACAGAAAGGGGAAAUGCUAUUAAUUUUUUUUUCAUUUUUAUUUAUUAGGAUAUGGAUGAAAACUUUAAAGUGGGGGUAUUUUUGUCAUUUUAUUUCUAAAAUUUGAAUAUGGGGGGAAACUAAAAGAAUUUAAAUUUGGUGCUCGAAAAGGAUGGCAUUUCAAAAACAUUGGUGAAAAAAAUUUAAAUAUUUAAUUCCUUUAUAAUAGGUGUUAAUAAUAAUUUCUCUUCUUUUUUUAAUAUUUUCUUAAUCUUUUUUUUUCUUUUUUUUUUUUCAGUUUUUGCUUAUAUUAUAUUGACAUAAUUUAUUUCCUCCCUUCUUUACAAAAUGUUUUGAAUCAAAUUUUAUAUUAAAAAAAAUCUCAUGAUUUCUAAUUAUAUUAAUAUUAAAAAAAUAUAUUAUCUAAAAAUAAAAACACUAUUUUUUAUUUUCAAGAACAGAAAAUUAAACACUGGAACUUGUUUUUUCAGAAUAUAAUUUUUUUAUAGAAAAAAAGUUGCCCAAAAGAGUCAUUUAAAGCAAUUAUUUAAAUAUUUAUGAGAUUUUUUUUAAUAUAAUAAAUUUCUAAAUAUAAUUAGAAGAAAUAUUUUGUUAUGAAAAAAAUCAUAUAUUUUUUUAUUUUAAUGGUUAUCCAAUCAUUUUUUUAAGUAAGUAAUAUUUUUAAUUAAUUUUAUUAUAACGAAUUUCUUUAUUAGUUUGAUUUUACGUAUGAGAGAUUAAUAUUUGUAUUGGUUAAAAUAGUAAAAUAAAUUAUUUUAUUUUUAUUUUUGUUAAAAUAUUAGAUAAGGAAAAUAUUUUUUUUUCAUUCCAAUUUCCUUUUAGACCAAAGAAAUAAAAGAAAUUGAAAUCAAUUCGGUAAAAAAAAAAUUAUUUUUCAAAAAUAGGGAUUUAUUAGGAAUAUAUUUAAAGAAAUAUUUUAUUUUAUUUUUUUUAAAUUAAUGAAUCAACACAAGGAAUGUGCCAACCAAAGCCAACUCAAAAGGUCCCCGUGUUUCCUUGUAUAUUAUUAAAUAAUAAAACUAGGGGGGAAAAAAUAAAGGUGAGUUGCGUCCAGCUGUGAUUUGAAUUCAAAAAACUUUACCAACCCUAAUAUUAACCGUUGGUUUUCUAGCCGUUAGCGCCUUGGAGUAGCUGCGGCCUAUCUGGCCGGCCAUUUUAGAACACCCAUUCAAAACUUUGAAAAACAAAAAGAGCCGUUAUAGCCCGCUCUUCUAUAUAUAGCCUUCCCUUCCUCCUUAAUAAACCCUCCUUAUUUCUACAUCUCUCUGCAUCUCUCUCUAUCACAGCAAAUUCCUCAUCUCUCUAAUUUCCCUUCUCCCGAAAGAAAAUGCGUGAGAUUCUUCACAUUCAGGGAGGCCAAUGCGGCAACCAGAUCGGUGCCAAGUUCUGGGAAGUAGUGUGCGCUGAGCAUGGGAUUGAUCCCACUGGAAAAUACCAUGGGGACUCCGAGAUUCAGCUUGAGAGGAUCAAUGUCUACUACAAUGAGGCUGGUGGUGGAAGAUUUGUUCCGCGGGCUGUCCUCAUGGACUUGGAGCCCGGGGUCAUGGACAGUGUUAGGUCUGGGCAGUAUGGUCAGAUUUUCCGCCCGGACAAUUUUGUUUUUGGUCAGUCCGGUGCCGGAAACAAUUGGGCUAAGGGGCAUUACACUGAAGGGGCAGAGCUGAUCGACUCUGUUCUCGACGUCGUUCGCAAAGAGGCCGAGAAUUGUGACUGCUUGCAGGGGUUCCAGGUAUGCCACUCUCUGGGAGGGGGUACAGGAUCUGGAAUGGGGACUCUUCUGAUUUCCAAGAUUCGUGAAGAAUACCCAGAUAGAAUGAUGAUGACCUUCUCGGUGUUUCCCUCUCCAAAGGUGUCUGACACAGUUGUGGAGCCUUACAACGCCACUUUGUCUGUCCACCAGCUCGUGGAAAAUGCAGAUGAGUGCAUGGUUCUUGACAACGAGGCUCUCUACGACAUCUGCUUCCGAACACUCAAGCUCACCACUCCUAGUUUUGGUGAUCUCAACCAUCUAAUUUCUGCAACAAUGUCCGGAGUCACAUGUUGCCUAAGGUUCCCAGGGCAGCUCAAUUCUGAUCUGAGAAAGCUGGCUGUAAACCUCAUCCCCUUCCCUCGCCUCCAUUUUUUCAUGGUGGGUUUUGCUCCACUCACUUCCCGGGGGUCUCAGCAGUACCGGAACCUGACAGUCCCGGAGCUCACCCAGCAGAUGUGGGAUGCAAAGAACAUGAUGUGCGCAGCUGACCCGCGCCAUGGCCGGUAUCUGACAGCUUCAGCAAUGUUCCGGGGAAAGAUGAGUACCAAAGAAGUGGACGAGCAGAUGCUGAAUGUGCAGAACAAGAACUCAUCCUACUUUGUGGAGUGGAUCCCCAAUAAUGUGAAGUCAACAGUGUGUGACAUCCCGCCGACUGGUCUAAAGAUGGCGUCGACAUUUAUAGGGAACUCAACGUCGAUACAGGAGAUGUUCAGGCGGGUGAGCGAGCAAUUCACGGCCAUGUUCAGGAGGAAGGCUUUCUUGCAUUGGUACACAGGGGAAGGGAUGGAUGAGAUGGAGUUCACAGAGGCCGAGAGCAACAUGAAUGAUCUGGUUUCGGAGUAUCAGCAGUACCAAGAUGCGACUGCUGAUGAGGAGGGAGAGUAUGAGGAUGAAGAGGAGGAAUAUGAGCAGAUGUAAUUGUUGUUGUUGGGAUGACCACCAUUGCUGUAUACCUCAACUUCCAGUUGCUGGUUUUUAUAGCUAGGAUUCUAAGAAUGGUGUCGAAUUCAGGGUUAUGAGGGACCUUGAAACAAAACAACCAUAUUUUUUGCUUUUGUAAUUUCCCGUUUCUGAAAUGAAAAGCCCUUCUAUUUAAUUUC